AUGGCAGAAAAUCGGUUCUUACCAAUUAUUGAAGAAGAAGAAAUCGAAAUCGACGACAAUUUCUACGAGAAAAUCGAAGCACCGAAGUUCGUGGACCUCACCGCACCCGAUAAACGCCAUCCCGACGAUGAUCGCCACUGGUUCUGCGCGAGAUUCGGAUGUGAUCAAAAGCAUGAAGAAGAAUUGGAUUCUGAAGCUAUUUACAAGAGUUUUGUUCUUAGGGUUAUGGCGGCUAGAAGUCCCAAUGUUCGUCUCAGAAAAGCUUUGAAUAGAAGAGAAAGAGAAGCAAGUUCAAAUUUGAAGUGCCCUCUUUCAGCUCCAGCAAAGCCAAGGAUGUCAAGAAUGGCUUUCAUUUCCUCCUUAUCGCAUAAGGUAACCGAGAAUAAUGUGAAAGUUGUUAAACCUCUUUCUAAGGUUACUGAAACUCCAAAUGCCAAGGUGAAGCAACCACCCACCAUGACAAAGGCCUUAACAACUCCAAGGAAUCAAAAGAAAGUUUCUAAUUUGGAACAAUUUAGAAGUGUUCAGAACAAGAAAUCAAUGACUGUUGCUGUGGCUAAGUCUAAGAGCAGAGUAGUGGCCAAGUCUUUGGUUUUUAACUCACCAAAGAAGGUCAAGGCAUUGGUUUUCAACUCACCAAAGGUAGUUGGGACCAAGAGUUCGGUAGAAUCGAAUACGUCCAUAAAAACAUUGUGUUCUGCAAUGAAGAAGCUUGCAUUCACCAGAGUGAAGAAGAAUGGAGAAGAAUGUGAUAACUCAUUGCCAGUGGCUUCCUAUAGAAAGCCGCAAUUCAGGGGACGAGAGGUUAAAAGCCGUGUGUUCAAUUCAUUGUAUUCUAGUAAUCAAAAGGAACUAGAAAGUAACAGUGUUAGAUGUCUAAAGGAGAAGAAAUUGAAAGAAAUGCAGAAACACAAGGUUCUUGUUUCGCAAAGUGAUUCUAAUGACAUGGGGAUAGAAGAAAAAUCAAGGAGUGAGUCUAUAGAAGGAGGAGAGAGUUCAAUUCUAGCUCUGUCAGAAGCUUCUAGAAAUGAUAUUACCUCGCAGUCAUCAAGGAGUGGCUCUCUAGAAAGGGGAGAGAGUUCAGUUCUAGCUCUGUCAUUAGCUUCUAGAGAUGAUAUCACCUCACUGUCAAGUUCAAAUGAAGAAGAAAAGAAAACUAUUGAAGAGAGUGAAAAUGAAGAGAAAAGGAUCACAAACAAGGGAAGAAUUCCUGAAGUCAUUAAAAGAAAGGCUGGACAAAAUGCAAUGGCUUAUCAUGAUAAAGAAAAUGAGAUCGAAAUUACUGAGAAUGAUGAUGACAAGGAAAACUCUUCAGCACCUAGUGAGAAUAUAACAAUGAGUACCAACAGUGUUUGUUCCAAAAAUGCCAUUCUUGGAAGCAAGCGGGACGAUAGAAAAAUAUACAAGAAAUCUACACCGACCACGGCUGGUUCUCAUGUUGUAAAAUACAGAAAAUUAAAGCCCACCAAUCCUAAGCCUUUUAAGUUUAGAACUGAUGAAAGGGGAAUUCUCAAAGAAGCAAACUUGGAGAAAAAAAUCACCUCACCGUCGACAGAUACCACGGCUAAAGAUGACAAGGCCGCAAUAAGGAAACAUAAAAAUAAAAAUCAAACUUAUAUGUCACAAAGUGAUCGAGACAAUUAUAGCAACUGCGACGAAAAAUCUCACAAAACAGCACAAAGUGAUCAAGACAGUUAUAGCAGCUGGGACGUGAAAUCACACAAAACAACACAGAGACACCAAACUGGAAACAUUCACAGUGACAAUAACUCCAACAGCAAAGUGAACCAUAAAUUAUCUGCCAAAACACCUCAGAGGAAUGCUGGAGCUAAACUUCAGAAGAAUAUAGUUCUAGAUGAAAAUUUCAAUAGAAAAUCUAAAAUGAUGCAACAUGAUGGCGUGAGACCUCUAAGUGUUUUGUCAAGGAAGAAAGAAAAAGUAGCUCUUGUAAAACCAAAGGAAACGGCAAAGUCAAGUAAACAUGACGACGCGACUUGUUUACAAGGAAGGAGAGCUUUGACUGUUCCCAAGGAACCAAAGUUUCAUAGUAUCCAUGUGCCCAAGAGCUGCAACACCAGGAAACCAACUUAG